GCCUCUUCCUACCUCUAGGCCUCUUCCUACCUCUAGGCCUCCUCCUACCUCUAGGCCCCCUCCUACAACCAGCUCAGCUCACAACUUCAGCCCUUCUACUACCAGGCCACCCCACAACCCCAGCUCAGCGUCGACCCUCCCUCCGCCAUGUACCUCCAGCCCCCUCCAUAAGCUGAAAACGAAGGCUAACUUCAGCUCCCCUCACAGCCCUCAAAUACCAGAUUCCUCCAUCCUGGCUGACAAACCUGGACCACACUACAACCCUGAUGUACCCAGCAUACCUAACCCAGCCAAUAUGGUUCGUCGUCCAUACACGUGUCACACGCCAUACAACGACAAUAACCGGACGUGGACCACCACCCGCCACGUCCCCCACAGCACCAAGCACGCCCCUUACAGUUGCUUCAGGAGCCGCACUGACCACUCCAGCACGAAUGCUUACAUUACCAGUCCUGAAUUCCUCUCCAGGGUACACAACGUGGCUUUGUUGAUGGCCAGCCAGAGCUCCCGUGUACAUGAUCUCCCGUUCGCCCGCUACUUCGUGCCUGGGUCCAGCUUACCGCAGGACCUAGAGGAGGGUAGGAACCCCUGCCUUACCCCGGCACCACAGUUGAGGGAGGCCAUCACCCCCUCCCUGCGGCAGUACUGUAGGAGUUUUAUGGCGACCAUGGUGUGCCCUCAACGUGUGGCCAGUCAGGUGAUGGCCAGGAUGGUUAGCAUGGAGACCACAGCUUACCACGACCACCCGCACUCCAAGAUGAAGUACUGUUGGCAGUUGUCGGCUGCCUUGUGCCUGAUUCUGGAAGACCUUGGACGCAUUCGUCGGGCGCGAUGACAAGUAAAGGAAGAAGCAGACGACAGAGUUCAAGUUAUUGAAACAGUAAGCUAGUUUUUUUCCGUUGUUCUUGGAUCUUCACGACAACGUAUUAAGAGUUCUGUGGUUCCCUGACUUGAAAAAAGUGGUUUAAGAACUGGUUUCGUGUGAGACAUCCCACUUAAACCAGAAAGACCACUUGAAACUUGUAUUAGUUUUAGAUUAAUGGACCUAAAUGAUCUCAGAAUGACUUGUCAGUGGUGUGAUUCCUUUGGGUUCUCACUCCCUCCCUUCUUGUGCUGUGAUAAGUUUUUGAGAGCGAACCCUCCUUUGUCACGUUAAAAGGAAAUUGUCAAAAUGUGCAGACUUUAGUUUCAUCAAGAGACUUUCCCUGUGCUACUAAACACCUUUCAUAAUUCUAGUUUCGUUAAAACCCUGAGUAUGAAACGUGGACUUGUUGUAUUGGUCAGGUUUGUGGGAGCCUCCUGUAACCCGUUAAAGAAUUGUUGUAUCAAGUCCUUGAGAUCUCGUUAAAAUUCAUUAGAAUUUAGUAGUGGUCCAUGUCCCCCCCCCCCCUUCCCUGGGUCUGUCACUGCCAGUCUGAAUUAUUAACCAGCUCUAUGUUGGGACACAGAGGCUCCUGCCAAAAAAAAAGAGCUUCAUUGUGGGCGUUACUUACUUCUCGGCCACUAAAGACCUUUAGUGUGCUCCCAGUGGCAAAAACUUUGAGAUUUUGUGCUCAAAUCCUGGCUUCACUUUGGGCGUCACCGCGGUUGUUCCAGGAUUUCAGAAAUUUGAAGAAAUUCCCUGUUGCCUAUUUUUAGUAUUUUAUCAAAUAGGGAUUCAGAAUAUUAGUUUCCUGAGUAAAAGUGUUGUAACUAUUAUUUUAUUUUAAUACUUCUUCAGCAAUUAACAUCUACUUUAGGAAAACAAGUGCUAGAUUAUGAGUUUAAAAGUAUUUCAAAAGAAAACCAAUUCUUUGAUGUGGUAUAGACUAACGCUGACCUGUUUGGUCGUAAUUGAUGUCGGCUUAUUAUUAUUAUGUUUAAGGAGUUUUCUUGAAUACGUAAUUAAAGUAAUCUUUUUGUAAAUACAGGUUAAGCCGAUAUCAUUUUAGGUCAUAACAGACGAAUUAUUGUUGUGGUUUCAUGUACAAUAUGUUAUGUAAUUGUUUACGGCUGUCCUGUAACUCUUGAGAGGGAGGGCACACACCCUCUAUGGAAAACAUUAACUUAUGUUAUCAUAUUUAUGUAAUUUGUUAAUGUAUCUGGUCUCUAAACUGAAGGAUUUGUUCUGCGAAUAGAUAAACUAUGGCUGAUACACGUAAUAGGGCUGACACUAUCUUCCCUUGGUUUAAUGGGGCUGACACUAUCUUCCCUUGGUUUAAUGGGGCUGACACUAUCUUCCCUUGGUUUAAUGGAGCUGACACUAUCUUCCCUUGGUUUAAUGGGGCUGACACGACCUUCCUUUGGUUUAAUGGGGCUGACACGAUCUUUCUUUGGUUUAAUGGGGCUGACACGAUCUUUCUUUGGUUUAAUGGGGCUGACACGAUCUUUCUUUGGUUUAAUGGGGCUGACACGAUCUUUCUUUGGUUUAAUGGGGCACCGGUGUGAUGUGUUCAGUGUUCAAUUUACGAUUCUUCAGCUUGUAGACCGAAGUUGUUUUCCAAUACAGUAUUGUCAUAGAUAAUAGAACUAUUGUAUAAUAGAACUGUAUUGUAUAGUAGAACUAUUGUAUAAUAGGAACGUAUUGUAUAAUACAACUGUAUUGUAUAAUAGAACUGUAUUGUAUAAUAGAACUGUAUUGUAUAUGAAAUUGUUAUAUUUCCCGCCUCUGCUGACGGCUGUUCGCUUGAGCGGCCAAGUCUGUCACACUCGCCCACCAAUUUUCAGGGGCCGUGUAAUUUUUCAGUGAUUCUGAUCUUUUAAAAUGUUAGUUUUUGAAUAAUGUAGUUUUACCGAUACGUAAGUUGUCUUAGUAUGCCUUAUUGUAGGAAAAAUAAAUAAAUAUAUAUUAUAUGCGUCCUCCGAAA